AAUAGUAACCUCGAGUUUCCAGCCUUGUCAGCUUUGCUACUAGCAGAUCAAGGGGGAGAAUUCAUGGCCCAGAGUAUACCGAAGAAAAUUCAUAUACCCCAUACCGAGGUAGAGGGGUGCUCGAUCACCGGGGUUCUUCAGCAAUGGCAACCCGACCAGCCAACGCAGGGCAAGAGCAUAGCGCUGAUCUUACACGGAACAAUGGGGCACAAAGACUACCUUUACCAGAAACGGCUGGCGCAUCGCCUCCCCUUUGACUCUUUCCGUUUUGACUUCCGCGGUAAUCAUGAGACCCCCGGUAUAUGGCGACAAGGGGCACUUGGAGAUGACGUCGUGGAUUUGCAAGUCGUAGUCAGAUACCUGGUUUCGACCUACGGGUACAAGAUCGAUUUGGUGGUGGGUCAUUCCCGCGGCAGCAUCGUCGCGUUCCACUGGCUCUGCACUUCCGAAGAGGGGAAGACGGUGACGGGGUUCGUCAAUGCAUCAGGGCGAUACAGAAUGCAUAAAAUUUACGACAACCUGCUACCGAUCUACAAACCCGCGUUCGAGUCCCAGGGUUUCUACGAGUGGAGAGUCACCGUAGCGCGGAAGGAGGUAAAUGCCAAAAUAUAUCCUCACGACUUGGAAGCGUUCGCGCAUUGGGACACGUCCAUCGUAUGGGACCGGUUCCCGUUGAGCACUCACGCUCUGUCCGUACAUGGACUUAACGACAAGACUGUUCCGCCAUAUGAUGCAACGAUAUACGCCCGAGCUCUGGGUACCCGGACGCCAGGCACGCAUAAUUUGUAUCUCAUGGAAGACGCCGACCACAAUUUUACGGGUAGGCAGGACGAUAUAGUUGAUACUAUUCUGGAGUGGUGGCAGCUGUGCGAGCGCGGUGAUUUGAAAACGGGUGUGUGGAGGACUGGUGUCCGAGGGAAACUGUGACCCAGUGGGUCGAUCGACUGUUCCGGGACGCUAUACAUAGAGUGAGCUGACAGCGACCGCCGCCCUGGCCAUAUCCGUGAAUUUACCGCAGUCAGAGUAGCUCUGCGCAGGCCCUAUGCCACUCGGGGAAGUCGUCACUUAGCCUCCGUUGCUUAAUGGGAUAGGCACG